AUGUUGAUUAUUGAUGAUGAUGGGAGUGAGGUUGUGCGGCAGUCUCAGUGCCCGCAUUGUCAAAGGCUCUUCUGCGCACAGUGUAAGGUUGCUUGGCACGCGGAGAUGGAGUGCUGGGAGUUUCAGGAGUUGAAUGACGAUGAGAGGGGAAGGGAAGACAUCCAGUUAAGGAACCUUGCAAACAUGGAGGAUUGGAAGAGAUGUCCCAACUGUAAGUUUUAUGUGGAAAAGAAGACCGGUUGCAAUUUCAUGAAGUGCAGGUGUAGAGCUACUUUUUGCUAUAGAUGUGGCCAGAGUUUAAGCUUGCCUAAAAACCAACGUCACUAUUGUUCCUAUUGUACGGGUUGA